AAGAAUACACCAUAACCCUUGACAUGGAGCGCGUAUUCAACAGUAUAAUUAGCACCACAUUUCGCUCUUUCUUCCUAGUGAGCUUGUUGCUUCUUAUUUCAAGUUUGACCUCUUCGGCAAAUGCAAAGACUCACAACUAUGACUUCGUCGUUCAAGCAACAAACGUUAAGAGAUUAUGUGAAACCCAUAAUUCUAUCACGGUCAAUGGGCAGUUCCCGGGUCCAACCUUGGAAGUGAAUAAUGGCGAUACUUUAGUGAUACAUGUUACAAACAAAGCUCAAUAUAAUGUGACACUUCACUGGCAUGGUGUUAGACAAAUGACGACUGCAUGGGCAGAUGGACCAGAGUUCAUCACGCAAUGCCCAAUUAGACCAGGAGGUAGUUACACUUACCGGUUCACAAUUUCAGGACAAGAAGGAACAUUGUGGUGGCAUGCACAUAGCUCAUGGCUUCGAGCCACAGUUUAUGGUGCUAUCAUUAUUCACCCGAAAGAAGGAUAUACUUACCCAUUCCCUAAGCCAAAUAGGGAAUCAGUCAUUGCUCUUGGUGAAUGGUGGGAUGCAAACCCAAUAGAUGUUAUAAGAGAAGCCACAAGAACUGGAGCAGCUCCAAAUGUUUCUGAUGCGUAUACCAUCAAUGGACAACCUGGUGAUCUCUAUAAAUGCUCUAGUAAAGAGACGGUCAGAGUACCAAUAAAUUCAGGAGAGACAAGCCUCCUUAGGGUCAUCAACUCAGCCUUGAAUCAACAACUUUUUCUCAAAAUUGCCAACCACAAACUUACAGUGGUAGGAGCUGACGCUUCCUACGUAAAACCUUUCACCACCACAGUCCUCAUGCUUGGACCAGGCCAAACCACAGAUGUACUAAUCAAGGCCGACCAGCCAGUAGGUCGAUAUUACAUUGCUGCACGAGCUUAUGCCAGUGCACAAGGUGCUCCAUUUGAUAAUACCACCACCACUGCCAUUUUAGAGUACAAAACUGCCUCUUCAAAUCCCAUUAUGCCGUCUCUCCCAGCAUUCAAUGACACUGCAACUGCCACUGCCUUCACCACCAGCUUCAGAAGUCUGGAAAAAUCCCUUGUUCCCACUGAAAUAGAUCACAAUCUUUUCAUUACUGCAGGACUUGGAAUUAACCAAUGCCCGCCAAAAACCCCAGCACGAAACUGUCAGGCCCCAAAUGGGACCCGCUUCACUGCUAGCAUGAACAACGUGUCUUUUGUACUCCCAUCCAAUUUUUCUGUACUUCAAGCAUACCAUCAAGGGAUCCCUGGAGUUUAUACUACUGAUUUUCCUGCAAAACCUCCUGUGGCCUUUGACUAUACAGGCAAUGUAAGCCGCUCUUUGUGGCAGCCUACUCGUGGAACGAAGGUCUAUAAGAUGAAAUACGGGUCAAGGGUGCAGAUAGUGUUGCAAGGAACAAACAUCUUCACUGCUGAGAACCACCCAAUCCAUCUUCAUGGAUAUGAUUUCUACAUACUUGCAGAAGGAUUUGGAAACUUCAACCCAAAAACUGACACUGCUAAAUUUAACCUUGUGGAUCCACCUCUCCGAAAUACAGUUAGCUUACCUGUCAAAGGGUGGGCUGUCAUUAGAUUUGUUGCUGACAAUCCAGGUACCUGGAUUAUGCAUUGCCACUUAGAUGUUCACAUCGGCUGGGGUUUGGCCACAGUCUUUAUCGUAGAAGAUGGGGUCGGGCCAAUGCAACAAUUGGAGCAACCACCACCAGAUUUACCUGUGUGUUGAUAUCAAUGACCAUCAAAUUACACAUCACAAAAAUAGCUAGCGUUUUGUUGUCUAAAAUUAUAUGUCUUCCCACAUUGGGCCUAUUUCUGUUUGUUUAUGGUUUUCCUCAUUAUAUUUUCCUCAUCAAAAAAAUAGCUAGCCUGUACCUACCCAAGCUGGUGUAGGACUUGACAGAUAAAUAUAUACUGAAUACUAUAAUAUAUUGUACUUUAUAAUCAGAAAUCAAACACCAACUUCUGUUA